CCAGAGGGCACAGGAAGCUUCGUUCCACACUGUCCACCCACACUUGAACCUCACAGACAGGAGCUGCCCUCCAGAAUGUUCCUCCUUUCCACAGGACGCUGUCUUUCCCUCCAAAGUGCAUGCAACAGAAUUCAUGCAAAGCAGCAAUGAUAUCCUCUUGUGACUCCUCUUUUCCUGUUGGCCCUCCACAGCAACCCUCUUCCCACCCCCAAGUCCCAUUAAGUCGAUUUAGAUCCACAUUAUGAACUUCCAGGCAAGAAAGAUGAAGUUUUGUACACUUGAUCAUCAUUGUUUUGCAACUCGGGUCUCUUCCUCACAGACAAUCCAGUGACCCCGUUUGCCGAGGGGGCAGCAGAGAUUCUUGGAAUGUUGCAGGGUGCGAAGACAAGCUGGAGUUGUGUAACUACCACCCACAACAGCCAACCUAGUGGGGGGUGGUGCAUAUCACAAGCUAUAAGUGUGGCCAAACAGGAUGGUUCAACAGUAGACAAGCACCUGCAACUGAGUGAGAUCUGUUGGGAUUGCUUAGGUGAACAUCUACACUUCUUUCUAUUGAAACAUACAUGCAACAUGGAGUCAAGAACUACUCUGAUCUUCAUUUUCACCUUGUGGACAACUCUUCUUGAAGGCUGGGGGUUGCCUCUAGUGCCCCAGACUGACCUGAGCGACCCGUCUGCAAGCCAUAGGGUCAGAAGCAAACGCUGCUCCUGCAACAACCAGCUGGACUCCGAAUGCCACUAUUUCUGCCAUCUGGACAUCAUCUGGGUGAACACCCCAAGUAAGACCACUGUGUAUGGAUUGGGCAGUCCGUUGUCUCGUCGGCGCAGGUCUACAGGCCGCUGCUUCUGCGCCAGUCCUACAGAUCGGACAUGCAACGCCUUCUGUCGCUACAGCUCUGAAAACCCUGCCAUCAAGCUGGUGCACCCAUCUGAACCUGUGCCUGACAAACAUGAACAACCCAAAUCAGAUCAACUUAUUGCCCUAAAUAACUCUGAAAACGCCAGUCCAGGAGUUCUGGUUUUAGGGAAGUCUUCCUCCCUUGGGGCUCGUUCAGACAUCAUAACUUUCCUCGGGAACCUGGUUAGGGCUAGAGCCAGAGUCAUGGGAAAGGCAUCCAAGGCCAGUAAACCUGGCUACAGAUGAGGUCCUUACCUAAAGGAGAGAUGGGAGUGCGAGCACUUGAACAAAAAAAGACCCUUGUGAAACGAGGGGCAGAACAACAUGCAUUCGCUGCGAUCUGGAAGCAGCGUUCCUUAAGGACAGUCCUGAGGAAAAGGAGCCUUUGUCACAUGUUUAAGACAGAAUGGGAGAGAUGAAGGCUUGGGAGAUGUGAAAGAGAGAUUUGUGAGAUGAAGGCAAGUCAGACCUGUCCACUGGGACAGCACAAAAGAGGGUUAGGUGUUCACGACAGUCCUGUAGUGCGAACAGGACAUUAGCUAAGUGGCUGUGUUAAAGCUACCUGACAGAAUAAUAGCUAGUCCGAAACACCAAGUUUGAACUGCUAAAGAUAAAAGAGACAGGUAAAGUGCUAAUGAAAAGUUGGUUGGAAGAGCACAGGUAGUAAGAAACUGAGGUACUACUAUUUACUGGCACCAUUGGAGCCGGCCUACAUCUGUUAGUUUAUUUUUCUGUUUAACAAAACAGAAAAAAGUGUAAAAGUUAUAAUGUUAUCAACUAAAAUAUAGAGGGGUGUUUUUAUAAAUAUAAAAUAAGUAAACACUGACUAUAAUUAUAACUAUAUAUAUGUACUAUUUCCCUUCUGCUUGACAAGCAAUAACUUGUCUUUUUUGAAGCAAGAAUCCCCAAACUGCAAUUUGGAUUUCUUGUUACCUAAAUGCCUUCAAAGUUGGCAUAAUAAUAGAAUGUUUCGGAGAAAAUAGCUUUGAAUGGAGUGUGAUCUUGUUUUUCAUAUCAAUCCAGCUUUAAUUAACAUUAUAUGUUUCCCUAAGUGAUGCAGACAGUUGCGUUGUUGCAAUCUGUUGUUAUGACCUUAAGAUGGACAAUGGAUUUAAUCUUGCCAAAAAAUGCUGGAGUACUUUCCAAUUUAUUGAAUAGCACUGGAACAUUUUGGAGCACUUUAUUAUUUUAGUGGUUGUGCUAUUAUAUAUAUAAACAAUAUUUAAUCAUUAACAGUUCUGUAGAGAAGAUUCCUGUAUUGUGUAUAUCAGCAAUAUGGUUUGGUUAUAAAGUUUUAAAUCAUUAUGAUGAAAUUUAUGUAUUCCAUAAAUGUAUUUAUUUCACUUACUCUAUAACUCCAAAUA